AUGAAGCUGCCCCAUCUUAUACCUCGCAUACUCAGUAACAUCCUGUUCUCACAGUCUGAUGAUGGGGAGACUUUGGACUCAUCUAAGUCACUAGCCAAUGAUACUACUAACGAUGGUAGUGGCCGGUCAAAAUUGAUGAAUGCCCCAGAUAUCGUCAAAGAAACUACAAAGAACAUCAAAAAUUGGCUAGAGACAGACUCUCCAAAACCUCAGGGGAAAAUCUCCACCGUUAUCCCAUGGUAUUUACAACAAGCCACCAAAGAUCUCGCCGAUAAUUUUGAAACUAUCAAGGGUCUUGAAGAUCAACGAAUUCAUGAAGGAGUAGUGUUGGGUAACAAAUCUCCUUGGAGUUUGAGUGAUGGGGUACACAAAGAUAAUGGAUUGCGCAAUCGAUACUCCAACGUAUUACCGUGGGAUAAGAACCGGGUUAAAUUGCCAGUGAUGGGGAUGUCUCUGCAAUUUUCGGACUAUAUCAAUGCUUCGCACAUUAAACUUUCAAUUCCUCAAAUCUCCAAAUUCAAGCGUUAUUACAUCGCCACUCAAGGGCCAAUCGAAACUACAGUACCUCAUUUCUGGCAGAUGUGUUAUAAUGAAUCAGACCCGGCCGAUGACUCCAAACCGAUCAUUAUUGUCAUGGUGACCCCAUUGGUAGAAGGGACUCGUGAAAAAUGCUAUCAAUAUUGGCCAGACCAAAAGCUAUAUGAUGAAAUCUCUUUGGAUUCCGAGAAUCCAUAUGAUGAAGGAUUUAAGUGUUCACUAAGCUUAUGUUUUAAAAAAAGUGAGGCUUUUGAUUCUUAUACCGUGACGGAACUUACGCUUGCGCCCAAAAUCAGAAAACACGGAAGUCCGUUUGAAGUUAGUGGCUAUAAACCAAAGAAAGUAUAUCAUUUCUAUUAUCAUCAGUGGAGUGAUUUCUCAAAACCUGAUGGAUAUGCCACGAUUAAUGAAAUUUCCAAUAAGGUUUGGAAAAUAAAUGGUGAGAAUUGUCUUGGAAAAUUCAACACUAACCCUGUGUAUGUCCACUGCUCGGCCGGGGUGGGACGCACUGGUACUUUCAUGACCUUAGACUAUUUAUUGAAUUGUUGUGAUAUUUUUGUUACUCCAACUACCGAGAAUGUUUGGGAAAAGGAUUUUGACUCUAAACCCGAUCCAAUUAAUGAGAUUGUUCAAAAUUUGAGACAGCAACGGAUGAUGCUGGUCCAAUCACGAACCCAAUAUUUAUUUAUUUAUGACACUGCCGAAGCAGUUUAUAAGAAAAAGAUAGAAGAAAAGAACAAUGUUUAA